UUUGCCGGUUUAGGAAGGACAACGUGGUUGGAAAACGUGGUUGUCUUUUCUUGCCAAAAACCCACUUUAACAUUAGAAAAUCCUUCAUACCCAUGAGCAAAGAUACUAAAGAUGAAUUUCCGUACUGCCAUGAAGUCUCAAAAUACGAAAAACUUGCCAAAAUCGGCCAAGGAACGUUCGGCGAGGUUUUCAAGGCCAGGAGCAGAAAAAAUCCUAAAGAGGUGGUCGCCCUCAAGAAAGUCCUUAUGGACAACGAGAAAGAGGGGUUCCCAAUCACUGCUCUCAGGGAGAUUAAGAUCCUACAGCUCCUUAAACACGAAAACGUGGUCAACUUGUUAGAGAUUUGCCGCACCAAAGCCUUACCCUACAACCGCAAYAAAGCUAGUAUUUAUUUGGUGUUUGAGUUCUGUGAGCAUGAUUUAGCUGGRCUAUUAAACAAUCCUGCUGUAAAGUUCUCAUUAUCCGAGAUGAAAAAGAUCAGUCAGAUGUUACUCAAUGCGCUGUACUUCAUCCAUAGCAACAAGAUACUUCAUAGAGACAUGAAAGCUGCRAAUGUUCUUAUCACCAAGAAUGGUAUCUUGAAACUUGCCGACUUUGGACUAGCACGAGCAAUUCACAUAAACAAAGAACAAAAGCAAAGGUACACUAACCGAGUAGUAACGUUAUGGUAUCGACCCCCAGAGCUUUUACUUGGGGAAAGGAAUUAUGGACCACCGAUUGAUAUUUGGGGUGCAGGCUGUAUCAUGGCAGAAUUAUGGACUCGCCGACCUAUCAUGCAAGGAAACACAGAACAAAACCAACUGACUUUGAUAUGCCACUUGUGUGGAUCUAUUACGCCAGAGGUGUGGCCAGGAGUCGAUAAGCUUGAGCUGUAUGAAAAGUUGGUUCUUCCAGAACAGCAAAGGAGACGAGUUAAAGAAAGGCUUAGAACAUAUGUUAAAGAUCAACAUGCUUUGGACUUGCUUGACAAGAUGUUGACGUUGGAUCCUGCACAACGUAUGGAUGCUGAUUCUGCCCUUAACCAYGAUUACUUCUGGACUGAUCCUAUGCCCACYGAUCUCACUCGAACAUUAGCUAUGCAUAACCAGUCUAUGUUUGAAUAUUUGGCUCCGCCAAGACAUGGUGCUCAAAGGCAGCCAGCUGCUCCCAAACCAGGGGUUGCACCGCAACAAGGCAAUGUGCAAAGCGCCACGUAUGACAGAAUUUUCUAAAUUAGUUAUUGUUUUUGAUUUUGAAAAUGCACUUAUGAAAAACUUUUGGGGAUAUUAUAAUUGCUAAU